CCGGUGUGUGGUGGAGCGGUGCCUCAGCAGUCUCAGAGUCUGUAGUGUGGAGUCUCAGGUGUUUGUGUUGUCCAGGUGGUCUAAAGCCGUGUGAAGAGCCCUUGAGAUUGCGUCUGUCGUUGACCUAUUGUGGCGAUAGGCAAAUUGCAAUGGGUCCAGAUCCUUGCUGAGGCAGGAGUUCAGUCUAGUCAUGACCAACCUCUCAAAACAUUUCAUCACUGUUGAUGUUUAAAGUUAAUGACUUCUGAAAAUGACUUCUGAAAAAAUAACUGUUACUAUUCGUCUGGUUCGUUCCUUCGAAUAUCGCAAUUUCAAGCCAGUGGUUUAUCAUGAUGUUAAUGUAAAUCAGUCUGUAAAGGAAUUCCUUGCCUUUCUCCAGAAUGAUAUACCUUCAAAGCCUGGACUCCCACCACCUUUUAAGAAGUGCACUUAUGAUACAUUAAAGAUUAUUCACCAAGCACAUGGGGCAAAGACAAAUGACCUUGUUGUAAGUUUGGAUAAUGAUGAUCAACUUGUAUUAAAGGAAACAAGCACACUAAAAGAAGCAGGAGUGGCUCAUGAAACUGAAAUGGCUUUUUUUAAGAAAGAAGAUUAUGAGACUUACAAAAAGAAUCCUGUAAUGAACUGGUGACAAUAGUAAAAAUGAUUAAAUAACCAGAAAUAUGACAUUCUAUGAAUGUUUAAGAGGAUUGUAUACAUGAAGCAACUUUUAUCUUUCCUAUUUAAGUAUUACCUGUAAAAAAAUAUGCAGUUUGAUUUGUCUGGUUUAUUAGUAUCAUUUCACAAUAUUUUUACCAGUUGAGCAGUUGUUAUGUACACUUUUGUAAGGAUCAACUUUAUUCAAUAUUUAUGUAGAUGUAUUAGGAAUUUGCUGUGGUGCAACAAAAUUCAAAUAUUAAGAAUAAAGUAUUAUAUAAAAAGUUGAAGUACUGAUAUGGAGUAAAAGGUACAUAAAUAGCAGCAUGUUAUUUGGCCUAUCGCGUUUGCUCUGCCAUUUCACCAUGGCUGAUCCAUUUUCCCUCUCAGCUGCAAUUUCUUGCCUACUUCCAGUAUCCCUUCAUGAUGUGAACAGCAUAAAAAGUGGCUUCAAGUGUUCACAGUGCAGUGACAGUGGCUAAUAGAGGGAGGUGGGGAAGGCUCUGUAGAAUGGUGGAUCAGAUUAACUGCAAACACAAGAAAAUCAGGUGCUGGAAAUCCAAAGCAACACACACAAGAUGCUGGAGAAAUUAUGCAGGCCAGGUAGCAUAUAUGUCCUGAAAUGUUGACUGCUCGCUCAUUUCCAUAGAUGCUGCCUGGCCUGCUGAGUUCCUCCAGCAUUUUGUGAAUGGCUUGAUCCUGGUGGAAGAAACUUUUAAGAUGGCAUUAAGUUUUUGUUUUAAUAAUGCUAUAGCACUUUCCAAAAGUGAAUUUUUGGAAAAGACUAUUUGCUAGGUGGGUAGUGUCUGCAACGAUUCUUUUACCCACUUCUCUAUCAUGGACACAUAGGAGUCCUGCAGUGAUGAUAGACCCAAUAGCGGGGGUUCCUAACCUUUUUUCUGCUAAGCAGACUUACCAUUAACUUCGGGCUUCAUAGACCCAGGUUGGAAAUCCCUGGAUUCGAGCCUUUUCUGCUGUCCUGACAGUUUGUUACAGUUUUUCUAUAUAAUGAGAGAAUGCUGCAUAAAACCAAACAAUAAUGGCAAAGUUGAGGGAUUUAGAAAGAUCUUCAACAGGUCAUAUUUGUUUAUAGUCCAGUAUUGAGGGGGAAAAAAGCAAAUUUUCAUAUUUUCCAUGGGGAACAGUAGGAUAAAAUUAAAUAGCUGAACCAAAGUAAAACUUAUUGUACAUAGAUAUCAAAUUGUUAUCAUUGUUUUAAAUAAGCACAAUUGUGGUUGUGUUGUUUUUCUAAUGUAAAAUUAUCAGGUUGAGAUUUACAGUAAGUUACUGAUAACAUGCAAUGAAUUGGCUCUUCUAAUGCAGAGGAAUUGACAUUUUCUGUAGCUUUUUUUUUGCACCAUAUAUUGCAAAAUAAGACGACAAUGGCAAACCACUUCUGUAUAAAAUGCCAAAAAAAAGUAAUGAAAAAGACCGUGAUCACCUACGUCAUACAACAUGGCACACAGCUAAGGCUAUAUUGUCGAGUUACAAUCCGAUCGUUCCAGUAACCCCGUAGUUCAAUGCUAACCUCCAAUGCUGUCUGGAAUUUGCAGGUUUUCCUUAUGACCAUGUGGCUUGUCUUUGUGCUCUGGUUUCCUCUACAUCCCAAAGAUGUGUGCAUUGGUAGCUUAAUUGGCCACUUACUGAUCCAACCAAGUGGGCCGUGCAGUCGCCCAACACUUUACAGUGCUAGCAAUCAAAGUUCAAUUCCUGCCACUGUUUAAGGAGAUUUUGUUCUCGCCAUGAUCCUGUGGGUUUUGUCCAGCUGCUUCUCCCACAUUCCAAAGAUAUACAAAUUAGCAAGUUGUGGUCUUGCUAUGUUUGCAAGCUGACCCCCGGACAUAGAGAAUGCAUUUCACUGUGUGUUUGCUGAGCUGCACAGGUGACAAAGCUAACCUAUAGUUGUGUGCCAUGUUAAAAUCUGGGCUGAGUUUGAUAACCUAGGGAGAAUAAAAUAUUAGAGUAAAUCAGAGGUUUCCAACCUGGGGUGCAUAAAUUUAAUUAGUGGUAUUAGUGCAUGGAGUUUUUAAAAAAAAGAUUGGGAACUUCCCCCUUCCCACCGCCCCCCCCCCAAUGUAAAUGAAUGCUUGAUUUUUGGCUGAACAUUCUUUUUGCUGUUUAACUUCAAAAUGCUUUGUGUGUGACAUUGUACCAUUUGAAGCCUAUUACUUAAUACAAAUAAUGGUAGCAAAUUGUAAAAAAAAACAUGACUGACUAAGUGGAUGAAUGAGCAAAUGAGGUUGGAUUUUAAUAUGAGCUUGACUGAAGUUAUACCAAAUCAUUUGACAUUCAGUUUAGAUACUUGAAAUAGAAAACUAAUAUAGAACAGAAUUAUUUUAAUUGGAUGGACAUUAUUGGACUUCAAAGACAGAUUUUAAAAAUCCACUGUCUUAUGUUGCAGUAUAAAUUCUAAAACAGUUUAAAAAUGCAGACAGGAAUCCCACCCAGCAACAAAUUCAACAUACUAAAUAUUGCAAGUAUCUAAAAAUGGGUUGCAGUAGGUAUUGCAAUCUUGUGUGUUUUAGCUCAUUUAAAUAUUUGAGGCUUCAGAAAACUUGCCGCAUUCAACAAGGACAUUUUGACAGUGAGCAAGAACUUCUGAGUUAGAAUUUGUCUGAAACAAACCUGCCAAAUUAUCAUGUGCUGAAUGGAUGUCUCUCAUCAUAAAAUGUGAGAACCUUAAGUUCAACCCUAUCACUAAGUAAUGAGGGAUACAGUUAUCCCUAGGUUAACCAUCACCCCUUGCCCUCUAGCUAGUAUUUUUGAAACACAGUGGGGGGGGGGGAGGAGUUGACUUUUCUACUUGCAUACUGAAGUUGAGCAGUAAUAGUCACAAUGUAGAGAGAUAAAUGGCUGGUAACAUGGUCUUUCUCUCCCUAUUUUAUUCUGUGACUAUUUAUACUGAAUAUUGUGGUAAUUGUGGGUGGCAUGGUAGAGUUAUGGUUAACACUUACAGCACAAGCGAACUGGGUUCAAUUCCAGCCACUACCUGUAAGGAGUUUGUAUAUUCUUCCUGUGAUUGCAUGGGCUUCCUCUCACAGUCCAAAGAUAGACCAGUUAUGUAACCAUAUAACAAUUACAGCACGGAAACAGGCCAUCUCAGCCCUUCUAGUCCAUGCCGAAUGCUUACUCUCACCUAGUCCCAUCGACUUGCACUCAGCCCAUAACCCUCCAUUCCUUUCCUGUCUAUAUAUCUAUCCAAUUUUAUUUUAAAUGACAAUGUCGAGCCUGCCUCUACCACUUCUACUGGAAGCUCGUUCCACACAACUAUCACUCUCUGAGUAAAGAAGUUCCCCCUCGUGUUACCCCUAAACUUUUGCCCCUAACUCUCAACUUGUGUCCUCUUGUUUGAAUCUCCCCUACUCAAUGGAAAAAGCCUAUCCACGCCAACUCUAUCUAUCCCCCUCAUAAUUUUAAAUACCUCUAUCAAGUCCCGCCUCAACUGUCUAUGCUCCAAAGAAUAAAGACCCAACUUGUUCAACCUUUCUCUGUAACUUGGGUGCUGAAACCCAAGUAAUGUUCUAGUAAAUCUUCUCUGUACACUCUCUAAUUUGUUAACAUCUUUCCUAUAAUUCAGUGACCAGAACUGUACACAAUACUCCAAAUUUGGCCUCACCAAUGCCUUGUACAAUUUUAACAUUACAUAUCAACUCCUAUACUCAAUGCUCUGAUUUAUAAAGGCCAGCAUACCAAAAGCUUUCUUCACCACCCUAUCCACAUGAGAUUCCACCUUCAGGGAACUAUGUACCAUUAUUCCUAGAUCCCUCUGUUCUACUGCAUUCUUCAAUGCCCUACCAUUUACCACGUAUGUCCUAUUUUGAUUAUUCCUACCAAAAUGUAGCACCUCACACUUACCAGCAUUAAACUCCAUUUGCCAAACUCUUCUAACUGGCCUAAAUCUCUCUGCAAUCUUUGAAAGCCUACUUCAUUAUCCACAACUCCACCUAUCAUAGUAAUCCAAUUUACCACCCCAUCAUCCAGAUCAUUAAUGUAUAUGACAAACAACAUUGGACCCAGUACAGAUACCUGAGGCACACCACUAGUCACCGGCCUCCAACGUGACAAACAGUUAUCCAGCACUACUACUCUCUGGCAGUCUCCCAUCCAGCCACUGUUGAAUCCAUUUUACUACUUCAAUAUUAAUACCUAAUGAUUGAACCUUCCUAACUAACCUUCCUUGUAGAACCUUUUCAAAAGCCUUACUGAAGUCCAUAUAGACAACAUCCACCGCUUUACCCAUGUCAACUUUCCUAGAAACCUCUUCAAAAAAAUUCAAUAAAAUUUGUCAAACAUGACCUUCCAAAUUCAUGUUGACUUCCUAAUCAGACCCUGUCUAUCCAGAUAAUUAUAUAUACCAUCUCUAGGAAUACUUUCCAUUAAUUUACCCACCACUGAUAUCAAACUUACAGGACAGUAAUUGCUAGGUUUACUCUUAGAACCCUUUUUCAACAAUGGAACCACAUGAGCAGUACACCAAUUGUCCGGCACCAUCCCCGUUUCUAAUAACAUUUGAAAUAUUUCUGUCAGAGCCCCUGCUAUUUCUACACUAACUUCCCUCAAGGUCCCAGGGAAUAUCCUGUCAGGACCUGGAGACUUAUCCACUUUUAUAUUCCUUAAAAGCACCAAUACUUCCUCCUCUUUAAUCAUCAUAGUUUCCAUAACUUCCCUACCUCUAUCCCUUACCUUAGACAAUUCAAUAUCCUUCUUGGUGAAUAUCGAAGAAAAAAAAUUGUUCAAAAUUUCCCCCCUCUCUUUUGGUUCCACAUGUAGCAGUCCACUCUGAUUCUCUAAAGGACCAAUUUUAUCCCUCACUAUCCUUUUGCUAUUAAUAUAACUGUAGAAACCCUUUGGAUUUAUUUUCACCCUACUUGCCAAAGCAACCUCGUAUCUUUUAGCUUUUCUAAUUUCUUUCUUAAGAUUCUUUUUACAUUCUUUACAUUCCUCGAGCACUUCUUUACUCUAUGCUUCCUAUAUUUAUUGUUGUUGUCUCUCUUUUUCCGAACCAAGUUUCCAGUAUCCCUUAAACCAUGGCUCUCUCAAACUUUUAACCUAACAGGACAUAAAGAUUCUGUACCCUCAAAAUUUCACCUUUAAAUGACCUCCAUUUCUCUAUUACAUCCUUACCAUAAAACAAUUUGUCCCAAUCCACCCCUAAAUCAUUUCGCAUCUCCUUAAAAGUUAUUAUUUCUCCAAUCAAAAAUCUCAACCCUGGGACCAGUCCUAUCCUUCUCCAUAAUUAUAUUGAAACUAAUGGCAUUGUGAUCACUGGACCCGAAGUGCUCCCCAACACACCUCCAUCACCUGACCUAUCUCAUUUCCUAACAGGAAAUCCAACACUGCCCCUUCUCUCAUUGGUACCUCAAUGUAUUGCUGCAAAAAACUAUCCUGCACACAUUUUACAAACUCCAAAUCAUCCAGCCCUUUUACAGUGUGGGCUUCCCAGACUGUGGAAAAUUACAAAUCUCCCACAAUGACAACCUUGUGCUUACUACAGAUAUCUGCUAUCUCCUUACAAAUUUGCUCCCCCACUUCUCACUUCCCAUUAGGUGGUCUAGUAUACACCCCCAUUCCUUAAUUCCACCCAAAUAGCCUCUCUAGACGAGACCUCUAACCUAUCCUGCCAGAGCAUCGCUGUAAUAUUUUCUCUGACAAACAAUGCAACACCUCCCCCACUUGUCCCUCUGAUUCUAUCACACCUGAAGCACAGAAAUUGCUACAACAUCAUACUUCCAGGUAUCAAUCCAUGCUCUAAGCUCAUCCACCUUCUUUCAAUGCUCCUAGCAUUAAAAUAAGUGCAUUUAAGAAAUUUUCCACCUUUUUCUCUGUUUGCACUGACAGUGCAAACAAAUUUACUAUCUCUGUUUUCUUCCUUCUCCCCUACAUCUGUUCCUACACUCUGGUUCCCCUCCCCCCUUGUAUCUAGUUUAAAUCCACUACAGCCUCUUUAGCAAACCUACCUGCAAGAAUAUUUGUCCCCCUCCAGUUCAGAUGUAAACCGUCCUGCCGGAACAGGGCCCAACUUCCCUGGAAAACUGCCCAAUUAUCCAUAAAUCUGAAGCCCCCUCUCCUGCACCAUGUCUUCAGCCACGUGUUGAUCUGUGCUAUCUUACUAUUGCUAAACCUGUCUGCAUGUGGUACUGGUAGCAAUCCUGAGAUUGCUAUCCUGGAAGUCCUGUCCUUUAACUUGGCGCCUAUCUCCCUGAACUCACCUUUCAGGACCUCCUCACUCUUCCUACCCAUUACAUGGACCACGACAUCUGGCUGAUCAUCCUCCCACUUGAGAAUACUGAGAACUCGAUCCAAAAUAUCGCGGACCUUGGCACCGGGGAGGCAACAGACCAUCUGGGAUUCUCGAUCUCUUCCACAGAACCUGUCAUCUGUCCCCCUAACUAUCAAAUCCCCUAUCACUACUGCUCUCUUCCCUCCUUCCCUUCUGAGCUGAGGGUCUAGUGUCGGUGCCAGAGACACAACCACUGCAACUUGUCCCUGGUAGGUUGUCCCCAUCAACAGUAUCCAAAAUGAUAUACUUAUUAUUGGUGGGAAUGGCCACGGGUGCUCUGCUCAUUCUGUCUAUUCCCCUUCCCUCUCCUGACAGUCACCCAGCUACCUGUGUCCUGACUCUUAGAGGUGACUAUCCCUCUGUAACUCCUGUUUAUUUCUGCCUCUGCCUCCCAAAUGAUCCGGAGUUCAUCCAGCUCCAGCUCCAGUUCCCUAACUCGGUUUGGUAGGUUAAUUGUAAAUUGUCCUGUGCUUAGGCUAGGGUUAAAUUGGGGGAUUGCUAGACAGUGUGGCUCGAAGGCCUGUUCUGCACUAUAU